AUGCCUUACCUCGAGAACGACAUCCCGCCACUCACGGAGGAGCAGAAGCAAUUCUGGCUGGAGAAUGGCUUCAUCAAGAUCCCAAAGUGCUUUUCACGGGAGAAGUCAGAUGCGUGGACGAAUUCCUUCUGGACUCGCAUUGGUGCGGAGCCGAAUGAUAAGUCAACAUGGCCGACCGAGAAGAUCAAUAUGCCGGGUCACUCCGUUGUGCCCGCAAAACAGUUCGCCCCCAAGGCAUGGGCGGCCAUGUGCGAGCUCGUUGGCGGAGAAGACAAAGUGACCGACUGGUGUAAGGAGUGGAAGGAUGGUUGGAUCCCGAACUUUGGUAAGCCGGGCACGAGUGCAGAUGACCCGCUGGACUACAGGACGCUGGACAACUGGCACAACGACGGGGACUGGUUUGUGCACUUCUUGGACAGCCCGGAACAGGCGCUUCUAGUGAUCCCACUGUUCUCCGACAUCAAGCCGAAGGGAGGAGGAACCGUGAUCUGUACUGAUGGCAUCAAGCUGGUUGCGGAACUUCUGUACAACCAUCCAGACGGCACCACGCCUUUCCUGGCACCGCGCGGCUCGCCCGAUAUCCCAAAGAGCGACCCUGCUCGUCGCAAGAUAUGGCGUGAAUGGGUGGCAGACCCGUCCAAGACUCGUGAUGAGAGCUUUCACGAGGCCACGGGUGAGGUUGGCGAUGUCUACAUCUUGCAUCCGUUCAUGCUUCAUUCUGCCUCGAAGAACUUGCGCCGGGAGAUUCGAAUCAUCACCAACCCACCUGUAUCAUUGAAGGAGCCGUUCAACUAUGAUGGAAAGAAUCCAAAUCUUGUCGAGCAGAAGACGCUGCGUGAUCUCGGCCAUCCAGAAGGUAUUCCAGAUUGGAAAAUCACAUCUCCACGGGAGAGGAUCGUUCCCGACCGGGUGAAGGUCCAGCAAGAGAUGAAGAUGCAGGAACUGGAGAGACUCAAAGUCAAGGGCAUCCCGGUGGCUGGAGAUGAUGCCGUUGUCAAGGAUAACCUGUAUUAUCCUAGCUAA